CGCCUGCCUCCCUCCCUCUCUCCCUCCUCCUCUUCCUCCUCCUCCUCCCUGCGAGUUGAGCGCACAGUGCAGCCAGGCGGUGCAGGCGGCGCAGCCCCGCCGGCCGCUCGCCCUGCUCGGCCCCCGGCUCCAGUCCCCCGCCGCCCCUCGCCGCCGCCCCCGCCGCCGGGAUGCUGGCGGGCGCCGCGCCCGGGCGCUGAGCCGCCGCCGGCCCGGGAGCACCGCCGCCCCUCCUGCAGCCCCCGGCGGGAGCAUCGCUCUGCGGGUCACCUUGCAGGGAGAGUGUUUAGAGGAGAGGGACGUUGUCCCCAGAAUGACAGUGGCAUACCUGUGGGAGGAUGGAGGAGGCAUCAUAGCCCUUCUCUGAUGGAGCCCACCAUUUCCAAGACAUCUCAGGAAGUCCUUUGUCACCACACAUUAUCAUCUGCUCCUGUUCACCCCAUGGAUUUGGGGAAAAUGGGAGCCACUGCCCCAGUGUGACCUGUCUCUAAGGUACAACAAAGUAAAAACCACCCGUCCAACUCCCUCAGACACCUCCCAGUAUGGAUGGCUUGGUUGAGCAGAACAGCGUGCUAAUGCACAAUAAGAUCGCCGAAGCUGGGAAAAGGAAUGGUUUAAUUAAUACAAGGAACUUAGUGGCAGAGAGCCGAGAUGGUCUGGUCUCUGUGUACCCGACCCCCCAGUACCAGAGCCACCGAGUGAGCAGCCUUUCCUCUCCGAGCUGCCUGGAGAACGGCAGGAAUGACCCCGUGCAGCAGCUCCUGGACCCCAACAUGCUGCAGCAGACAGUGGAGUCUCACUACCGGCCCAACAUCAUCCUCUACUCGGAGAACGUGCUGCGCUCGUGGGGCGAGAGCAUUGGCUCGGAGUGCUGUGAAACUACCUUCAUUGAGGACCGCUCUCCCACCAAAGACAGCCUGGAGUACCCGGACAGCAAGUUCAUCGAUCUCUCAGCGGAUGACAUCAAGAUUCACACCCUCUCCUAUGAUGUGGAGGAAGAAGAGGAUUUCCAGGAGCUAGAGAGCGAUUACUCAAGUGACACCGAAAGCGAAGACAAUUUCCUGAUGAUGCCACCAAGAGAUCAUCUUGGCCUCACUGUGUUCUCCAUGCUCUGCUGCUUCUGGCCAUUGGGAAUUGCUGCCUUUUACCUGUCUCAUGAGACAAACAAAGCGGUAGCCAAGGGGGACUUCCACCAUGCAAGCUCCAGCUCCCGGCGAGCACUCUUCCUGGCUGUCCUGUCCAUCACAAUCGGAACUGGCAUCUACGUUGGGGUGGCUGUGGCUCUUAUUGCCUAUCUGUCCAAAAACAAUCACUUAUGAGCCUCAGGAAAGGGGGAGAACCAGCCACCCGGCGCCUGCACUGCAGAAAUCCCCAGCAGAUCAGACUGCAUGAUUUUUCCAAAAAGAUCAAGAGACAAACAAACACCUUCUGGGGGCAGGUACCGGAUAAGAUGGGCUUGUGCAUUACUGUAGGGUGGGAAGCUGUCUGGGGUGGGGAUAGUUCCAUCAUUUGUGAUGCACAAGUCUUGCUUCUCUUCGUGAACCUCUGUACAAGAAAGAAGGAAAGAAAGAAAGAGCAAAAGAGAGAAAGAAAAAGAAAA